AUGUUCACCUUUGAUGAUAAGAUUCACUACAGAUCUAUCUAUCUAUCUAUCUAUCUAUCUAUCUAUCUAUCUAUCUAUCUAUCUAUCUAUCUAUCUGCCUGGUGCUUCAUGGCACAUAAAGCCCUCAGCAGAAUAGCUUCACUAUACCCUGUCCACAUUUGUUGCACAUGCCUCACACCAGGACCACUAAACCAUUGCCUCCUUCUCUUUCUCCAUACACCUUUACUGUGUUGUCCUUGGUCCUUACCUUAUCCUUUUUCUUUCUGGGGCACAGCUCUUUGCUCCAAAAAACAAAAACGACAGGAUAGCAUGGGUGUGAGGAAGGUCCUCUUCCCAUGUGACCUUCCCCACUGGAACAUUGUAAGUCAGCAAUUACUCCAACUCCAGCUCUACUGCCAUGGCUCAGGAGCCACACCCCAGGGUUUGGCUCAACUCCAUCAUCAAGUGUACCUGCAGAACAAGUGCAAGAGUGUGUCUGUUUCCUCCUUCUCUGGGGGAGGAGCCUCCCCCCCAUGCGGCAGGGGCUGCCCUGGAGACCAAAAUAAAGAAAACACAGAUGGCCAACAAUGUGUGUAUCAGGGCCUUGUGCUCUUUCUUGAACAGGUUGCCAGUGCAGACGAAAAAGAAUGUUUCUUACACUUCAUCUUUCCGGCCAUUGUGGACAUGGCCUGUGCCAUUGAUAAGCUGCUGCCUCAUGAAGGGAUUCCCCUCUGCAAGAAGCAGUGUACCAACAAUGUGGUGCUCAGUCGAAACUUGAUAUCAUCCAUCAUUUCUUGUGCAUUUUUGUGCUUAUUUCCUGAACGAAAAAAAGACAAAACGUCACGAUUGAACAACAUCAAUUUCACUAACUUCUUCCAGUUCCUUCCACUGCCCUCCCAAUGUGCUAAACUCCGCUGUAUCCUGCAAUACUUUAAUAAAGUCGCCUCUGUGGGACAACAGCUUGAUGGCCACAUACAGUUCCAGAGACAGGUGAUGGAUCCUGGCAAACGACCUACACUUGAUAAUUGGCACAACUGCAUCACUGACCUCUGUCCAAUUUAUGUCCGUGAAAAUGGCAAAACCUAUGAUGCUAGCAAUAAGACUCUAAAAGUUGGCUUUUCAAAUAGAUUUCUUGGAGGCCAUGUUUUAGGAAAAGGCAGGUGUCAGGAAGAAAUUCUCUUCAUGACUUGUCCUGAAUUGAUUGCUUCCAUGUUAUUUAUGGAAGCAAUGGAUGACAAUGAGGCAAUUACUGUCAGUGGAUAUGAAAAGUUUUCUGAAUUUUCUGGCUACGCUGACUCUCUUAGGUUUGCUGGAGAUUACUGUGAUAAAGCUGAACAUGAUACUCAUGGAAGACUGGAGACCAUGCUUAGUGCAGUGAAUAUGCUUCCCUACAAAUUUAGCAACCAGCAUCGGCAGUAUCUUGACCGUUUUUUGUUGCGAGACCUUAACAAAAAUCUUGUAGGCUUUCAAGCUGCCCUACCAGAUUCAAAAGUUCCCUCCCCUGAUGACUACUGCUGCUCAACUGACCCUUCAUCUUCUUCCACUCAGACCUUGGUGCCUGUUGCUGCUGCUGCUGCUAUUUCUGGCCAACAAUUGAGCACUGCUGACACAGAAGACAAUUCCACUACUGUCACCGCCACCACUUCAACUGCUACAAUAUUGGCCAACAACAUAAAUACUGCUAAUGCCACUCUUGCAAGCAGUGUUGAUCAGUCAGCUUCUGUUAAUGCCACUCUUACAAGCAGUGUCGAUCAGUCAGCUACUGCUAAUGUCAUUGCCGGUUCUACCACUACAGAAAGUACUGAUGUGGAAGGUGAACGCAAAGAAGUGAAGUUUGUUGAAGAUAUUGAUAGCUUUGCUAAGCGUUUAACAAGGGAGAUAAUCUCUGAAGCCUUGUGUGAUCUGAACCCUCAGUGCAUAUGUGGCAGUUCAGAGGAGACACUACCUCGUUACGACAACAAAAGUGUAGGGAAGUUGACUGGUGAACCCUGCUCCCUGCAUGGCAGUGGGAUGUCGUCAAUAGGCCUUGGACAUCCAACCCCAAUGGAUUACUUGGAUGUUGACUACCACGACUGGAUCUCCAACUUUCGACGUCGCAGCUCAAAUCUCAGUGACUUGACCUCUCGCCGUAGCAGCUGUAGCACACGAUACAGCUCGGACAUCAGCUCAGAUUUAGAGGAACUGUAUGAGUCAUUUAUGAAACGGGAGUUGGCUACUCGUCCUGGCACAAUCCAUGAAGAAAAUGGUGUCUACAGCGUGCAGGACUUUGCUGCCAGUUUCAUUGAUGACUUGUUGCAAGAGAGCGCUGCCAUUGCCUACAGCUCAUCGGCCAUCCAGAACUUUCAAAACAUAGAGCUUCCAGCAUACGUCCAGAAGCCGAUGCCCAUCAAGUUCGGGCCGGAGCCUAAUAUUGACCGCAAUGCCAACGUGUCUUUCAUCUCAGAGGACGCAGUCCAGCAUUAUGUUGACCGGCUGUUUGAGGAUGUCACGCCAACGCUAGUAGAUUCGGAGAGCCUCUGUUUAGAAUGUGAUAAAGAGUUAAAUGUUAAAAGCAAGGACUGUACAUUUCUAGAAAACCUCAGUACACUCAAGAACUUCUCUGACAGCAGUAUCAUGUUGGUGGAGCAUGAUUCUGGUGUGGGUAAGCCAAUGAUCCCUGAUACCCUCUAUAGUUACUCGGACUAUCUUUCUAACGAGAUUGUGUGUGAGGCACUUAAUGAAAUAAGUGGCCUACACAGCUCCAUUUUUGACACUGCCAGCAUUAUUUCAGGAGAUGCUGACAGUGAAGUAUCCAUUCCUUCCACCAUGGAACAAGACCUGGUCGCAGUGGCCGAUAAGCUUGUUCGGCAAAUCUUCCAGGAGGCUCAAGCCAUCAUUCAUUUAUCUGCCUGUUCGUCGGGGUCCUCGAGUCGGCGCCAAUCAUUGUGGAGUGAUACAUCAUCUGUGUCUGAAUGGAUGAGUGGUAGCCCUACAUUUAUGCGAUGGGUAAACGACCUCUUGGAGGAUAUUGUCACUUGUGGCCUCAAGAUGACGCACAAAACUAACACAUUUAUGAGGUGCAUAGAAUCUCACGGUGUGAAAACUGCCUAUACCUCUGAUGGUGUCCACGGUGUGUAUCUCCCAGAAUAUGACAAGUAUGCCUUGGAUAUUACAAAAGAACUUUUUACAAACGCUUUCCUUGAAGUACAUGAAAAUUACCUGAUCAAUCCUUAUUACAGACAACUGCUACGUUACCGAAAUGUGGAAGGCAUGCCGAGUCUGUGUAGCACUGAUACGGGAAAUUGUUGCGGUGUUGCUGACCAAAAAUUUGUUCCUCAAGAGGACCUUGCCAAUUUUUAUCAGGAACUGGAACGCCAGAGCUCACUGAGUGAACAGAACAGGACCCUGCAGCGAAGCACUAGCGGGUUCCGUGAUAUAACACUCUCCCAGUUUGCUGAGGAGCUGAUGCAAACUGACUUGAAUUCACAGUCUCUGGCUAGAGAGCGCACUAGCUGGCGCAAGGAGAGUGGGCGAAGUGGCAGCCUCAGUGGAUUUAAGGAUGAUCUUCUUGCCAGCUUUGAGGAUGAGCUUCUUCGUAGUCAUGUUGGCUCGCCAGACAUGUUGGAACCUUGUAGUAGUGGAGAGAACCUUUACCGGCAGGGUUCCAUCAUGUCCAGAACAGACACAUCAGAUGACCCAACCUCAAAAGACCUCAGCGAAAUCCACUCCAUCUCAUUUGACAGUGAAGACAAUCUCUCAACAUUUGCUGACCAUGUUGCAGAUGAAAUUAUGCAAGAAUCAUUCUUGGACGUUUUUGGGUCAGCUGCAGCUGAUGUGCAGUUUAAAUCGUCAACCUGUUGGCAGUGUCUGGAGACACUGGCUGAUGAAAUUGCUAAAAAUGUGAUCCAUAUUGCUAUAUUGACAUUGCAAAAUUCAUCUGACAGUUUCUAUGAAGACCUGACAUUGAAUCUGUCUGAAUUCAAUCGUCCGUGCUUGCAUAGAAAGUUCCCUGUGAUUUCGCUAAUGGAAGAACUACCUGCUCAAAACAUUCCAACCCCCAAAACAUUGGGGGACUUUGCCGAUGAGAUUUCUAAAGAAGUUAUAAACUCUGCAGUUUAUGCAGUAGCAUCUUGCAGAGGUAUUUAUCAAACUGAUUGCCGUGCAAUAGCCAGUACCUGUGGUAUCCCUGGCUCAAAUCCCCAGCUAGAAGUCCUCCUCCAGUGGAUGGUGGCCUCUUAUGUUAAAGCUCCCGUCUUUAUUUUUUAUACAAAACAGAGUGAGAAACUUGUCCGAGUAAGUAAUUCAGUAUUUUCUUCUUCUUCUUUCUCCUUUCAUGAAUUAAGCUUGUCUUUUUUAUUUUAUUUUUUCUUUUCUUUUCUUUAUUUUUUCUUUUCUUUAUCUUUUUUCUUUUUUUUCUCUUUUCUCUCUCUUUUCUUUUUUCUCUUUUCUCUCUCUUUUCUUUUUUCUCUUUUCUCUCUCUUUUCUUUUUUCUCUUUUCUCUCUCUUUUCUUUUUUCUCUUUUCUCUCUCUUUUCUCUUUUCUCUCUCUUUUCUUUUUUCUCUCUCUUUUCUCUUUUCUCUCUCUUUUCUUUUUUCUCUCUUUUCUUUUUUCUCUCUCUUCUUUUUUCUCUUUUCUUUGUUUUAA